AUGAGCCACAUUGGCGCUCCCUUUGCCAAAUGUGAAGAAAAUGGGAAAUGGAGUUCGAACGUUCCCAAAUGUUUGGCAAAUUGCAAGGUUCCAAAAAUUAGAAAUGGUCGAUUGGGUCAGUUCUCUGAUGGGGAAUUAAUUCCACAUGGAAAAAAGGUUAAAAUUGAGGUUUGGCACCAGUGCUGGGUAUUUGCCAUUUGUUGGCUCCGGCUCCGGGCUUUCAAAAUCUUGGCUCCGGCUCCGGGCUAUCACUCUCUCAUUAUCAUUUGCUUUUUAAACGGAGCAGGCGGAAAUUUUUCUCCGGAGCUAGCUAGCUCCCGGAGCACUGGUUGGCACGGUGACUGA